CAUGCAGCCAGAUCCCAGGGCUGAAUUUCCAAGCCCUGAAUCUGACUUCAUAACAUAAACAUGCGAGCACCUGGCGGGAGAAGAUAAAAUGAGCCUGGGAACUCAGGGGUGAAAGUAUAAACAAUUAUAAUUGCUGUAGUGUGGGGGGGAUAGAAACCUUGGUGGAAAUGUGAUCCAGAAGGUGGGGUUUGAUGAUGAUAUUUGCGUGUGAUAUUACGUUGCAUCAGAAGUGAUAAAAUUAGAUGUAUGUAAACAUUAGGUCAUUCUCGACUUUUCCAAAGUCAUGUAUUCUUCAAUAAAGAUUGUGUUUGAGAGCAGCUGUCUUUGAUCUGCGUUCAGACUGGUCCUUUGAAGUAAGCCUGACAUUAAAGUCGAGAAUCGGCUGCAGAAACCAGUUGGGGAUCUGGAGGAAGUAUGCCGGAGACCGUGGCCCUGCGGUUAUCCAUCCUGGAAACUAAUUUAUCCAGGCUAUCGGAAACCGUGGAGAGAUUGGUGCCAUUAUUGGAAGAGAAUCUCCAGAAGGAGGCCAGCCGAUAUGGCGCCGAGAGAGAACCAAGCAAAGAAGGAGAUUGGAGCCAGAGGGGCCAGCGGGCGUCAACGCAGAGCCCCGUGGCGGCAAGGGACGAGGGAGAUGAGGAAUACUGGCAGGAGCUGCAGUUCCGGGACAGAAUGGCGCGAGAAGUGGAGCGUCAGCGAGCCCUGGGGACCCUGAGGCCGCCGUCUCCAACAGAGCUCCCAACCCCCAGAAUGGGCGUCGGGGUGGAAAGGCCACUGGGGCCAGGGAUCGGGUCCAGUGGAUUCGCAGACGAAGGCGGAGAGGAGCGGGGGGUCCAGGAAGAGGAGGAGGAUGUGCCGUACGACGAGGAAAGGCGAGAUGAGGGGGCUACAGCUAGGCCAGUAUGCGGAUGGGCGGAAGAGCCGACAGCGGCGGCAGACUUCCAGGAGCCGCGCAGAAUGACCACCGGAGUGGGGCGCGGCGUGUUCCAAGGAGCCGCCCGAGGAAACCUGAUGCAACCCUUCCCCAUGCCGCCCAGACAACAUCAAAGGGCUGCAGAAUGGGUGCCUAGAAGGGAAGAUCUCAAACUAGAAUACGGAGGGGAAUCAGAGGAACUGAACUUUUUUCUAAUUAGCAUUAGAGGAUACAUGGAAGACAACGCACACACAUUUCCCUCCGAAGCAAGCAGGGUUCGAGCCAUCGGCAACACACUAAAGCGAGGAGCGGCCAGCUGGUAUGUGCAAUUGCAUGCCAGACGCGACCCAUGCCUGAGGUCGGUGCCCCGCUUCCUCGCCGCACUGGAGAACCGGUUCAGAGACCGGCUAGAGCAAUUGAGGGCUCGAGACCAGCUGAAAGGAAUAAAACAAAGGGACAAAACGGUGCCCGAGUACGCAGAGGAAUUCCUCCACCUCGCGGAAAGGGUACCGGAGUGGUCUGAAGUAACCAAAGUGGAACUAUUUAAAGAGGGACUACGCCCCGAGAUUUUCAGCUGGGCCGCGCACAGAGACGACCCCGAGACGCUCCAGGGAUGGAUUCAACUAGCGGGGCGCGUCGAAUCCACCCUGGCCCAAGUAAAGCGCUUCAGGAGCAGCAGCGGCCAGCAAAGACCGGUGGCGAGAGGUCGAGGAGAAACGAGGAAGCAAGAAAGACCCGGAGGGAGGCCGGGGAUUCCCUCCAGAGGAGACGACAACAAACCUAAACCGGGAUGCUUUGUAUGUGGGAAGACGGGCCACCGAGCAGCGGAAUGCUGGGCCCGGAAGGGGGAGCCGCCAAAAGCCCCAAAGCCCAAGCCAGCAACCGGGAGGCGUGCGGAGGAGGAGGUGCAGGCCCCAGAAUCUUCGGAAAGAUUGGACUAUGGUGAAAGAAGAACCGAAGAGGAGGACGAAGAAAACGGGGGCGCCAUGUCAUGCAGCCAGAUCCCAGGGCUGAAUUUCCAAGCCCUGAAUCUGACUUCAUAACAUAAACAUGCGAGCACCUGGCGGGAGAAGAUAAAAUGAGCCUGGGAACUCAGGGGUGAAAGUAUAAACAAUUAUAAUUGCUGUAGUGUGGGGGGGAUAGAAACCUUGGUGGAAAUGUGAUCCAGAAGGUGGGGUUUGAUGAUGAUAUUUGCGUGUGAUAUUACGUUGCAUCAGAAGUGAUAAAAUUAGAUGUAUGUAAACAUUAGGUCAUUCUCGACUUUUCCAAAGUCAUGUAUUCUUCAAUAAAGAUUGUGUUUGAGAGCAGCUGUC